UAGCUAGCCGACAUUUUCUUACUUGCACUUAAUUAUGAUACUGCUAUAUUUCCUUUUUCUAACUUGGAAGAAGGUACGUUUGGUGUUCAACAGCCCUUCUUCCCUUGCAAACCCGGAAUGCUCUGAAGUCUGAACCCAGCAACAGGUCUCUUCCUCUUAAGCUAAGCUCCACCGGCCGGAAGCACCAGAAGCUAGAGCCAUGGGGGCAAGCUUCAGCCUCGUGGCGCUCAUCGACUACUUCACCCGCCGCGACUUCCUCGCCGCCGGCCUCCGCCCCCACUCCGUCACGCUCCCCUACCCCUACGACGGCGGCGACGGCAAGUCGUCGUCGACCUGCACCGUCCACUACUGGGCUCCGCCGGGCGAACCGAAGCUCCCGCCUUUGCUGCUCAUUCACGGCUUUGGCCCUUGGGCCACUUGGCAGUGGCGCUGCCAGGUCGGUCCAUUGUCCCGCCAAUUCCACAUCAUCGUCCCGGACCUGCUCGGCUUCGGCGGCAGCUCGUGGGACUGCCCCACGGUGCCACCGCCGUCAGAGGCCACCCAGGCGGCUGCGCUCGCCGCGCUGCUGGACUCAGUGGAGGGGCUGGAGGGCAAGCGCGUGGCCGUAGCGGGGACGAGCUACGGCGGGUUCGUGGCGUACUGGCUAGCGCGCGCGGCGGGGCCGGGGAGAGUCGGCCCCGUGGUGCUCGCGAGCUCGAACGUGCUCAAGACGGGGGCCGACGACCGCGAGGUCCUGAAGAGGGCCGGCGAAGAAUGGGGCGGCGUGGACGACCUGCUCCUUCCGGCCCAGCCCGCCGCCAUGAGGAGGCUGAUGCAGAUGGUCGCGCACCGCCCGCCGCCGGCGAUAAUGUCGCUGGACUUCGUCCUCCGGGACUUCAUCCAGAAACUCUACACUAAUAGGGAACAACUUAGCCAUGUUUACAAGGGGGUCACGGUCGGCACAGACAAGUUCCAAGUAACACCGCUAUCUCAGGAGGUGCUGAUUGUCUGGGGAGAAGAUGACCAAUUGUUUCCGGUGGAGAAGGCUUUUGCGGUUCAGAGUGCUUUGGGUGGGAAAGCAAGAGUGGAAAUCAUGAAGGAAACAGGCCAUACUCCACAGACCGAGGACCCGGCCCGGUUCAACGAUAUAGUGCUGGACUUCUUGCUGGCUGCCGACAAGCAUACAAAACCUUCCAUCAACGGCAGCUCUCUAUGAGUUGCGCAACCAAUUGCACUGUCCACUACGCCAUCUCGGCCCAUUCAGAGCUACUACCUCAGUUCCAUAGUAUAAAUCGUAUAUAUUUUUCAAAGUUAAACAGUGCGAAGUUUAACUAAGUUUGUAGAAAAAAUAUCAACGAAUAUGAUGCUAUAUAACUAUAUGAUAAAAGUUUAUUUCAUGUUGUA